AUGAUACAACCAUUGAAAUAUCACUUGUUUAGUGAAAAAAACUUUCAAGGUCUAGUCUACUGCGACUAUUGUGGUAAGCUGCUAUGGGGCUUAGCAAGACAAGGUGUGCAAUGCUCGGAAUGUGGUUAUAACUGCCACCUUACUUGUAGCGAUAAAGUCAUCCAGUGUAGACCAACCAGACGUUGGAGUCCAGAUAGUCUUUCUGUUACUGAUUCUGAGCCAGACUCUGUUUCAAAGUAUUCAACUAAUAAAGCCAGACCUUCACUCGACAGUCUACGCUAUUUAGACGAUGAUACUGGCAGUAUCGGUCGAAAACCAAGGUCAACCAACAAUAUGUAUGACGAUAUACAACCAUCUCGUUCGAUGAAAAAUCUGGAUGAACCAUUGAAAUCUCCCACCUUACUAAGCAACAAUAGAUCCUAUCGAAAAUCAUUAAAACAGCACCUUCAAAAGAUAAACGCUCUCGGAGACACGGAUGGCAUGAGCCCACAGGCAACAGCCAAGGCGUUCACACGACUUGUCGCGAGAUCAAGAGCGUUUUUCUACUUGGGCGAAUUUGUCUAUGAUAUUUAUUGCUGGAAAAACAGUCUACAUUCUUUACUCGUUUCUCUGUUUUGGAUAUCUACAUCUGAUACAAAGUUUACCUUUUAG